AUGGUCCUCCGUCACUGCCUGACCGAGGAAGACGAAGAUUCAUCUGGCGGUCAAUUACAUUGGUCGCUCACUCGACUCCCAUUAACCCACGUGAUGCCAAGUUCAGCGACGGUGAAUGGAAAGCUUUGUGCAGGUGCUUGGUUGUCAUUCGUGCGAGGCUGGCCCGGAGGGUCGGCCCUAGCUGCUCGCCCAGGUGUAUCGUAUAUAAGAGUCUAA